AGAGAGAGAGAGAGAGAGAGAGAGAGCAUGUGAAGGAGAGAGGUAGACGGAGAUGUAUAUUCUCAGCCUGUGGCAGAGAGCUUGGUCGUAUCAGAAUAGCACAGGACGGUCCUGGUCCAAAGUCUGUUUCGGAGUGUGGGCCGGACAGUAUGACGGAUUCUGAAGCCAAAGUGAACUCCAAAAAAGCUGGCAUUCGGGCUGCUGUCAUUCUGAUCGGACUACUGCACAAGUCCAGACGGCAGAAGGAGAAAGAGAGGGACAAGGAGCGGAAACAAGAGCUGCUGACCAUCUCCAGUGUGCCUCUGGGAGAAUGUCCACCCUCACCUCCCCGCACUGCACCACCCACCAUGAAGUCGGCAGAGUUCUUCGACAUGCUGGAAAAGAUGCAGAGUCCCAAAACCGAGGAGACUAAGAAAUACAAGGAUGACUACAUCCCUUACCCCCGGAUUGAGGAUGUCUUGGAGAAGGGUUUUCCCUACCCUCAGGUCAUUUUACCUCAGUUUGGUGGAUAUUGGAUUGAGGAUCCCGAGGCUCCGGUUGGAACGCCCACGUCCUCAGACAGCAGCUUCUGUGAGGAGGAAGAUGAUGGUCUGAGCCCUGGUGGAGAAGGAGGCUUCAGCUACAGGCUGGAGUGUAACAGCAUCUCACAGGCUUAUCGCAAACACUUUCUGGGCAAUGAGCACAUGAACUAUUACUGCACAGCCAGUAGUAUGGGACACCUCAUCAUGUCUCUGAAGUAUGAGGAGGCAGAUGGACAGGAGUCUCUCCGCAUCAUGCUCAGGUCAAAAACAAAGACCCUUCAUGAGCGAAUCCCACUUGAAGGCCUCCUCCAGCUACCAAGUGUACCACAGAUAGCCAAGCUGCUGUGCGAUGACGUCACAGGUCUGAAGUUCAACCCCGUCCUCUACCCUAGGGCCUCGCAACUGAUCGUCAGUUUUGAUGAGCACGAAGUGAACAACACUUUCAAGUUUGGAGUCAUCUAUCAGAAGUUUGGUCAGACAACAGAGGAAGAGCUGUUCGGGAACAAUGAGGAGACGCCAGCCUUUACUGAAUUCCUCAGUGUUUUAGGAGACAAUAUUGAACUGCAGGAUUUUAAAGGGUUCAGAGGCGGUCUGGAUGUGUCUCAUGGACAGACAGGAUCGGAGUCUGUCUAUACUACGUUCCGUCAGAGAGAAAUCAUGUUUCACGUUUCUACAAAACUCCCUUUUACAGAAGGAGACAUUCAGCAGAGGGCCAUGCGUGUGAGGAGCCACUCCAUGGAGACGAUGGUGACUCAGAAACACAAGAGUCCUGGAGUGACGGCAGGGGUCCCGUCCAGUGUCAGCGGUGGAGGACUCCAGCAGAACAGCGUGGAGUGCACCAAGAGCACCUUCACUCCUCCAGUGCUGUCUGCAAAAUCUCCAUUAAUGAGUCCAGUAAAGCGGCGCUCUGGUCUGUUCCCCAGACUGCACUCCAGCACAGAAAGUCCAACUGAGAAACAUCCAACUCGCAGUGACCUAAAAACAGAAGUGUUACCUCACUCGCAGGAAGUGAGGUCAGAGACAUCCUCCAAUCCGAGUUCACCAGAAAUCUGCCCAAACAAAGAAAGGCCAUUUGUGAAGCUGAAAGAGUGUAGCGGCAGAGCUAAUAUCUCUAUCUCCCGAUCCUCCUCCAGCACCAGCAGCUUCAGCAGCACAGCAGGGGAGGGAGACGGACUGGAGGAGCUGGAAAUGAGCAGUCACCCAUCCACGGCUUCAUCUGUGUACAGUCCAUCUCUCAGCGUGGAAAGCCAGAACUCCGGAACGCCGCUGAUCAUGUGCCGCAGUCCCACAGAUGGAAAGAGCAAAACUUCACCGAGGUCAAAUUUGAAAUUCCGCUUUGACAAACUGAGCCACUCCACAGGUCAUUAGGUCAGACAGAAGCCACUGCAUGGACAUAAGGCAGUGACUUUGAAUGGAUUUUUAUAGAUUGGAAGAAAAAGGGACCAUUUUUUCUUGCCAUUGCGACAGUUAUCACUGUUCAACAUAAUACACAACUGAACACUAUUGUUAGAACUGAUCCUACAGACACACGAAAAGGGUUUAGAGGACAGAAAUGAACACCAGUCUUAGUAGAAAAAGCAACAAACGUCUCUGUUUUUCCAACAUUGUAAAUGUAGUGCUCAAACAAUUGUUGAAACUAUUCUUGCCUAACUGCAAUCGCUUUCUAGACAGAUGCUCAAUAUUAUCACAGCUACAUGAAAUACUUGAAGAGUUCUCAGUCAUUAAAUGUUACAAGAGAUAAGGACUACAAAGUAUCAUUAUAAGCACCUGUACUGUACUCAGUCUUUUGCAGAGAUUACGGGUCAUUUUGAGUCUUGUAACACCGCCCAUCAGUGUAAGCCUUAAAAUACUGUACACUAACUAUGCUCUGCUGAGGAUUGAGUCUGUUCUUUUAUUUUUGAGUGAUGUGAAAAGGUCAAAUUCACCUUUCUCGAGGGUAACCAAAGAUGACGAUUGCCAAGGUUUAUUUGUGGUAAAAGGGGAAGGGUUUUGACAAAAAAACAUAACCUUGCAUGGAUGGCGAAGACACAUUUUAUUAUAUUUUUAAAGCAAAAUUGUUCUGUUCAUUUCAGCGUAUAUUUAGUUCUCUAAAUAAAGACUUCAGUAUAUUUGUUCAACACUGGGUUGGCAGAUACUGCUAACUUUACUGAACUGAUAUAUUUGCACAAUUGAACAAAAAAAAAAGAAAUUAUUUACUUCAUUAAAUUUCAUUUUUAACUCUUUUAACACACUUGAGAAAGCAGACACAUAAACAUGGUUCUUAUUAAUUUCAGACUUGUGGAUGUACAAAAAGGUCCUCUUUUGUAAAUGCUUCGUUAUUCAACUUUGGCUGGCAGAAUAAUUUUUGAACAAUUUUUGAAGGAUUUUCUUUUGAAAUUUUGUUAUUUAUUUACAUAUGUGUGUCUCUGCUCAUUCCUUAUGAUUCUGUUAGUUUUUCAGCGGUACUCAAUGGUGAGGGCAUUAGACUGCAGAGAGCGAGUUAAAUAUUCUUGUACAAUAGUGACAAACUCUGACAUAAAAUGUGUUGGCAUAUAUGUUUGUACUGCCAUAAUUUAUUGCUUUAAAAAUUGUUGAUGUUACGUAAAAAAAAAAUUACACAGAGUCAAAUUAAAAUAAUUGAAAAGAUUAUGUAUAUGUAUAUUUGGUUAUGGCAUGUGCCAUUAAGAAUUUAUUAUAAAAUAAAAUGUAU